CCUACCUAGGUACGUAAUAGUUUCGUGGUUGAGACUUGAGAGUACAUUUGGAUUGAACUGAUUGAAUUGAAAAAAUAAUUAUUUAAAAUAGGUUUUAGACUUUUAGCAACCAGCAUUCAACAUGCCUAUAACAGAGUAUAUCGCAUCACUAUCACAGAACCCCUAUUUCGGGGCUGGUUUUGGAUUGUUCGGUGUUGGGGCCGGAGCGGCAAUUUUAAGAAAAGGUUUUCAGACUUCUAUGAUGUUAUUUAGGAGACAUUGUAUGAUUACUCUAGAAGUACCGUGUAGAGAUAAAUCGUAUCAAUGGCUACUUCACUGGAUUACACAAAAAGGUGCACGUAAAACACAGCAUUUAAGUGUCGAAACAUCAUUUCUGCAGAAAGAUACAGGACAAAUUAAAACUAAAUAUGACUUUAUACCCAGUGUUGGCCAACAUUUUUUCAGGUAUCAAGGAGCAUGGAUUAAGGUUGAUCGUACCCGAGAACAACAAACUCUAGAUUUACACAUGGGCAUACCUUUUGAAACUGUGACUUUAACAUCUUUUGGAAGUAACAAACAAUUAUACUAUGAUAUUUUGGAAGAAGCUAGAACCAUGGCUUUGAAGCAACAUGAAGGCAUGACUGUCAUGUAUACUGCAAUGGGAUCAGAAUGGCGGCCAUUCGGGCAUCCCCGGCGUAGGAGACCAUUGCAUAGUGUAGUUCUGCGUAAUGGAUUAACAGACAAAAUAUUAGCGGAUUGUUUGGACUUUAUUGAAAAUCCUAGUUGGUACACUGACAGAGGAAUACCCUAUAGAAGAGGUUACCUACUAUAUGGACCACCAGGAUGUGGAAAAUCAUCAUUUAUAAUGGCACUAGCUGGUGAACUCGAAUAUAAUAUUUGUGUAUUAAAUCUGUCAGAGAGAGGUCUUACAGAUGAUCGGUUGAAUCAUCUUCUUAGUGUAGCACCACAGCAAUCGAUAAUCCUCCUUGAAGAUAUUGAUGCAGCAUUUGCGUCCAGAGAAGACACAUCAAUGCAAAAAGCAGCCUAUGAAGGACUUAACCGAGUCACAUUCAGUGGUCUUCUCAACUGCUUGGAUGGUGUGGCUUCAACAGAAGCUAGAAUAGUUUUUAUGACUACCAAUUACUUGGAAAGACUAGAUCCGGCAUUGGUAAGACCUGGUCGGGUUGACAUGAAGGAAUAUGUAGGUUAUUGUGAUGAGAGUCAAGUAGAACUCAUGUUCCUAAGAUUUUACAAAGAUGCUGAACAUGCGAAAACGUUUGCAAGAAAGGUAAUGGAGACGAAGAAGAACGUGAGUCCAGCUCAGAUCCAAGGAUAUUUUAUGUUCCACAAACAUUCGAGCCCUGUCGAAGUUCUCAAUAAUAUUGACGUAAUAUGGACCCUCGGAUAAUCUGUGAUAGCUUAAAACUAGAAAAUAAAUUGUACAUAGUCAUGUAGAUAUCAAUAAAUAUUGCUUUAUAAUAAAACUAUUAACUAAU